UAUUUAAGUUCCCAAAAAACUACUUUACUGACCACAUUCUCGUCGGAAAAGUAAGUAUGAGUGACAAUCGGAGUCAAAGACGGCGGGUCGGAGAGUCGUCCGAAUCGGGAAUUUACAAUGAGAGGAUUCUUAUCUUGGUGUUUGCGUCAAUGAAUUGGGAUAUUCGUACACUAUGUCAAACGGCGUCGGUCAAUAGGAAACUCCGUGCAGUUGCGAGAAGGAUUCUAUGGAGAGAGCUAUGCGUGUAUCGAGCUCCGCAAAUGAUAACGGCGUUAACUGACGGCUCUCCGAGCGGUAGAAUUGGCGGCGGAUGGCAGGCGAUGGCAAAAUUGAUGUUUUUCUGCAAUGGAUGUCAAUCGACCCGGCAUUUCCAAGUGCGCGAAUCGCCAUCGGGUCACUUCGUGAAAACAUCUCGGUUUUCGAAGACAUCCGGUCGGAGUUUUUUGGUGAAGAAAUGUAGAAGUGAUUUGCUGUACGUGAGUGAUCCGUGUGAGCAUCCAACUGGGAGCGAUGAUUUGGGGCUUUUCAGAGGGGUGUUUUGGGGAUUUAUGAAAUCUAGGACAAGGGCGAGUUUGAUCAGAAGACGAGUGGAGCUUGAAGAAGGAGCCAAGUGUCCAUUCUGUCGAGCUCGGGUUUGGAGUAUGACGGCGGCUCGGCUCAUACCCAAAAGUGCGGCGCGGCGGCUUGGUUCGAUGGAGACUGGAUUGGAGUACUUUGUAUGUGUUAAUGGGCACUUAUAUGGUGCUUGUUGGCUGGUUCCUUUAUCGUCUGAUGAAGGUGAAGAAAAAGAUGGUGAUGAUGAAGAUGAAGCUGAAGAUAGCAGUGAAGAAGCUGACCAGAGAUUUGACGGCGGCGGCUAUUUUCAUCGUGGGAAUCAGAUAGUAAUAAAUGGGUGUCUGAAUUACGGGCUUACUUCUUGAUAUGACCAAAAUGGAAUCAAAAGGGACGGGAAGAAGGGAAGAGGGAUCAUUUUUGUAGUUCAGCUUGUUGUUUACUUGAGAAUAUGAACUGAAUCAAAAUUUUCUGUUUAUUUGAUGAUUUGUUUAAGUUUCUAUUCUUAAGAAAAUCUUUUCUGUUACUACUAGAUUUCCAGUGGAAAGAUUUGUCACUUGAUUCAA